AUGGAGGAAGAAACUAAUAGACCAAUUUCUUCAUCAUUCUUUACUUCUUCUCCUGUACAUCAACGUACUGAUGGAGGUUUUUUACGAAACACAACUAGUCAAUCACAUAGACAAGCAGUUGCAAGUACAAAAAAUUCUUCAUCUUUGGGGGCUACAGCAAUUUCUUCGUUGUUGAAUCGCUGCAAACAAGUUUUAAAUUGCUUCGCACGUGAUGAACAACGUUGUGGUGGCCAUUUUCCACCUUUACCACAGGAACGUGUUUUUGAAGCAAUUUCAGCAUUGAGAGCAGUUAGUGCACUUAUUGAUGGAUUCUCAAGAAAUCCAACAAGUGUAUUAUAUUCACAUUUGGUUACAUUACACCCAAAUUUGGUUCAACUAAUUCCAAGUUCAAGAUGUGACCAACAAUUAGAGUUAGCAUUAAUGACUUGCCUCAACUCGUAUCAGACAUUACUUCUUUUAAAUUUACACAUAAAUGAGAAUAAAUAA